AUGAAUUCGAAACAUUACACUACAGUCGGAGGAAAGAGAAGGAAGCAUCUCCAUCUGGAUGUGCCUCAAGCCUUCAUCCCGGAAUUAGCUUGGUUUAAAGUGAUGUUAUACGUGGCAACCCAAUCAUCGGAAGAUCUCUUUCGUAUGGCAUCUGUGUGCCCAUUGUUCAAUACGUUGGCAAACACUCCACAAGUGUGGAACACCAUUUCAAUGGAAAAGUACCAAGACCAUAUUAACUGGUACUAUGCCACAACGCAGGUUCGGCAUUUCAUGCAACAAUGCAGGGCUCGCGAGAACCCUGAGGCGAUAUUUAGAGAAGCGUUCGAAGUGUUUUUCAGGCAGGGUAAUGUGGAAGCAUUGUCUGGGAUGCGCGUUGCAGCCAAGGCAGGCCAUAUGGAAGCGGCAUAUCUAGUUGGACUACUUGUGUUCUUUGAAUCAACGUAA